AUGAAUUGGAAUCUGAUGACGAACAAAAAGACUUCUGAUGUAGAAGAUUCCAAUGACGAAACAUUGCAGGAAGAUGAAAUUAUAGACGAUGACUGUUCUUCCACUUCUGAGCAAGAAUAUGUUCCUUCAGAUCAUGAAGAAGAGGACAGUGAAUUAGAAAUGGAGUCUGUAGACCAAGAUUCGAAUUCGAGCCGCGAUAAUGUGCAAAGUGAUCAUCUUACAGGUUUAGUCAGUUAUAAAGGUAAAAACGGUUAUAUUUGGAAGUCCGAAGAACCCAAUAAAGCUCUAAGAAUGCCCAAACAUAUCAUUAUAAUUGUUGUGCUAAUGGCAUUAGUUAAUUCCAACUACGAAUUCGUAUACGUUGAUGUAGGAAAGCAAGGAAGAUUAUCUUAUGGUGGAGUUAUAUCGUCAACAAAGUUUUACGACAUGUUAGUGAAGGACGAACUACAGUUCCCAAACAACGAUGAAAACGACGAGAAAUUAAAUUUUGUCAUAGUUGGAGAUGAAGCUUUUGCUCUACAUGAACACAUUUUAAAGCCAUUUUCUCAUAGAAAUUUGACGAAUGAGAGACGUAUAUAUAAUUACCGUAUUUCCAGAUGUCGAAAUGUGGUUGAAAACGCUUUCGGUUUGAUGGCAUAUCGAUUUGGAAUUCUACACACAAAAAUAUGUAUUGAUCCCCAAAAGGCAACAUUUGUUACUUUAGCAACCUGUAUGCUACAUAAUUUUUUAAGAAAAACCAUCAUUCUUACAUAA